AUGCGCGAGUUCAUGGACUAUGUCCACAGCGCAUUCUACGAGGCGACAGGCUGGCGUCGCGACAACUCGUACGCCGCGCUGAAUGCCACAUCCGACGCUCUGCUAGACUUCCAGACCCCUCGAGGUCUGCGGCUGACACUCUCCUCCCUUGCGAGCGCCAACUUUGCGACCUCGUACCAGCUCGGCUCGGUCGGCGUCGUCGACGGGUCCAUAUCCUACCUCUUCUCGUCGGUUCCGCUACGAGUCCACAUCACGCCGCAGUCGGAAAACGUCUCGCUCCCAGAACUACUGCGCUCGUACCGCCCGCUCACCCCGCUCUCGCCACGGGACGAAGAGUCCCUCCGGACGCUGCCGGACGCGGCCAGACCCGAGUCCUCCCUCCUCUACGGCAGACUGUACCUCCCGCAGUCGCAGCUCGAGGCCCUCGUGGUCAGGAGGCUCUCGCCCGCGCUGCAGCUCCAGCUCAGCGCCGUGUCGGCAAAGCACCUCCGAGACGGGGGCACCGUCCUCGGCCUCGCGCAGUAUGACGUUGGCAGAUACGCCUUUGAGGGCCUGGCCUCGUCGGACGGGGGACUCCUCGGCCUGCGGGGCAUCUACAACUUUGGCGGCGACGCGCACCCGUCGUCCGCGGCCGAGGGCGCCAACCACGGUGAGAAGGAGCGCAUAUACGGGCGCUUCAGCACCGGCGGCGAGAUAUACUACGGCACUUUGAACAAGUCGGGCGGCGUCAGCUUCGGGACUCGCUUCGCCACCCUGCCCGCGCACAACGGCACCCCGCUCUCGGCUACCCUGACCAUCAACCCGCUCAUGGGAAACAUUGCCGCGAGCUAUGCGGUCGUCGCCGGCAAGCACUGCAGCCUGGCGACGCGCAUGGAGUUCAACGUCUUUAGCUACGAGAGCGCGCGAAGCUGGAGUGGCGGCUGGGGGAGGACGGGGCCAUGCAUCUACAACUUUGGCGGCGACGAGCACCCGUCGUCCGCGGCCGAGGGCGCCAACCACGGUGAGAAGGAGCGCAUAUACGGGCGCUUCAGCACCGGCGGCGAGAUAUACUACGGCACUUUGAACAAGUCGGGCGGCGUCAGCUUCGGGACUCGCUUCGCCACCCUGCCCGCGCACAACGGCACCCCGCUCUCGGCUACCCUGACCAUCAACCCGCUCAUGGGAAACAUUGCCGCGAGCUAUGCGGUCGUCGCCGGCAAGCACUGCAGCCUGGCGACGCGCAUGGAGUUCAACGUCUUUAGCUACGAGAGCGCGUGGGCUGUAGGCAUGGAGCUCUGGAGGAAGCCCCUGCGGCGCCUGGGUGUCGAGGGUGACGGGCCCUGGGAGAAGUAUAAGGAGAGGAGUUUCCAGGCGAAGCUGGAGUGGCGGCUGGACGAGCCUGGACCUAUUCCGCCGCGGCCGCCGCCACCACCACCACCUUCAGAACCGGGCAAGAUAUCGACGGUUCACAAGGGGAAAACGGGCGAGGAGUAUGCGGGUGUUUUGAAGGCGAGACUGGACCAGAACUGGAGGAUUGGCAUCUUGUGGGAGGGCAGGGUGAAGAGCCUGCUGUUUAGUUUGGGGAGUGGCAUUGACCUUAGGAAGCUAGAUAAGCCGUUCAGGACGUUGGGGUUGGAGAUUCAGUUCUCUUCGUGA